UUAUAUUAAUAAAUUACCAAUACUUAAACAAUAAAAUUCUAUUGAAGUGUUUAGAGUUAAAUAAAAGUGUGAAAAAUGCGCAGCGAGGCACCACAGUUUACAAGAUGUUGUUUCUGCGUUCCUUUACGGAGAGGAUUGAUUGGAUGGGGAUAUUGUAAGCUGGUCCUCAACGUGUUAAUGUUCGCAUACAUAAUACUGAUAUGCUCUCUGAUUGGGAGUUUCAGUGUUUUCCGGUUUAAAGACAUCGCCUUCAUCGUUGUCAUUAUAGCAGUCGUGAUCACGGACACCUGUUUUAAUAUUGUACUCGUCGUCGCCGGCCAUCGGAAAAGCGUCCGGUUGCUACGAGUAUCAUAUAUCUACAACCUGGUGUCUCUGGGUCUAGUUACGCUGGCUCAUUGUUUCAAAAUCUACACAAACCUAUACUACAUCUAUUGGGCGACGCAAUUUAUGGGAUUUCAAACGUUCUUACUAGUUGAUCUUAUGGUCAGCGUGGCUCUCGCGUUUAGUGUAAUUUUUGUACAAGUAUACAUGAUAUUACUGCUACGCAGCGAGAUGAUAAAACUACAGAACCAGUCGCUAGAAAUUCAGUUCUCAAAUCAUUUAGCCGGCGAGCCGCAGUGCACGCUUCACAACGCGUCAGAACAGUGCACGGAGAAGAAACAGGCCGUGCAGAACUGUUGCACGGACAAGCAAGCCCUGCAGAACUGUUGCACGGUGGAGAAACAAGUUACUGUGCAGAAAUGUUGCACAGAUAAGAAUCAAGUCGGGAAAAGCUGUUGCACGGAUGAAAAAGGAGCUGAUCAAGAUUUAUAG